AUGGACCAACGAACCCGGCUGCGCAAGGCUUGUGAUGCCUGUAGUAUUCGCAAAGUGAAGUGCGACACCAGCGGACCACCCUGUCGGUCGUGCGCAAGCUUAGACAUUCCUUGUACCUAUGAACGACCGAGUCGCCGGCGUGGUCCCCCCAACCGCCAUGCAGAAGCAUUCAAAAAGCAGAAAUUAGCAGAAUCCCCUUCGGGCUCUCCGAGUCCGUCAGACCACACUACUACCCCGGGUCCUCCAGCAUCGACGCCCUCAGCAAGCCCGGUUCUCCUGUCGCUGGAAUCCAUUUGUUCAUUGCCUACAGUCCGACUGCUCAUAGAUGAUUUCUUUACCUUCAUUCACCCAUUGGUUCCCGUUCCCCAUGAACCCACAUUCCGCGCCUCUUUGGAGCGACGAGAGGACCUCACCAAUCCCACCUUUCUAGCCCUCACGGCCGCCAUGAUCGGGACCCUAGUGGCCUCCUUUCCGCGACGACCCAAACAGCACAUCAAGACGGAAGCCGAAAAAGCAGCAUUCCCGCACUCAAUGGCACUGGUCAAGCGGUGCCAUGACGUCGCAGUCCAAGCUCGGGGCUCCGGCUACCUUGACCGAAGCGCAACGAUCUACGAUGCCGCCAUCAGCUAUUUUCUCGGCCUCUGCUCGGGAUAUGUCUGGCACAUACGCCGAUGUCGCGCAUACUUGGCCGAAUGUCUGACCAUGAUACAUGUGUACGAUCUCUGCCGCCAGUCGAACCGCUUUUCAUCAAUGACUCCGACUAGCCCGUCUUCCUCGUCACGUUAUUCGCAAGAUCCGUCUGGUGCGAUGGCUGAUAAUCCCGUCGAUAUCAUCGAGCAGGAACUCGGGCGACGUUUAUUCUACACCACCAUCGCCGGCUAUCGGACGUUGCAGCAGCUAGGCUCUGGCGACGCAACUAUCCAUGUGCCUUCCGAGACUCCUACUGAACGCUAUCCUCCUCUGCCACUCGAGGUGGACGACGAAUAUAUCUUCUCAACUCAUGUGGAUCCACAACCACCCAAUCGGGUGUCACUUUUGGUGGGCUUUAAUGCCAACGUUCGUGUGCUGCAUUCUUACAAUGCCCUCUCCGCCUGGGAGACGGCGUUUGGGCGCGGCCAGAUCUUUGACUGGAACCGGCAACGUUCCCUGAUGUGGGAGUGUCUGCAACAGGCUAAAGCUGCACUCUCUAGUGUCCCCAGAGAACUGGUGAUUCGGCUGUCCGAUGACUCUAGGUCGAGCAAUGGGCAGGGCCACUUCAGUCCCACGCCCAUUGCGGAGGAUACCCGUCAUGUACAAUAUGAGAUCCAAAAGGCGAACAUGUACGCAACCCAGCUAGGCACCAGGUCAUACUUGGUUGAGAAAUAUUGGACCUUGUAUGGGGCAUGGAAAAUGCAGCGAAAACUGUCCGACGAACAAAUCCCCCUGAGCCCUCGAACCACCAUCAAGGUCGAGGGCGAGCAGUCACAUAACCAGGACAUAUCCGAUGCGGAUGCGCAAUCCGACCACAUUGGUCAGAUGAUGGCCGAAGAGCGUCGGCUCGUGAUCCGCGACUUGUUCAUCUUGUUGCAGUCGGUCAACGAAGUCAACAUGGAGCCCAAUGGUGGCAGCUUUACCUCCAAAGUUCGGCAAGUCGCAUCCACAUUACUCAACUUCCCUCAUCACAGCGUGAUCACCCCCUCCAUGUCAGGCCCGCACCCUCUCACCACGACCGAAGCGGAAACCUACCUUCGCGCAUUCAUCGACACACUUGUCCGCCUCGAGGGGGUGAGACCAGGUCUGAUAGCAGCUGGGACUAGUCCCGGGUCACAUCGGCAAUCGAUCAGCUAUCUAAGUGAUCACGACCGUGACGAAGAAGAGCUGCGCCAGUGGGCCAGUUUGAAAGAAUACCAAUCCAAGUUUGCCGAAGCAGGGGGAGUGUUAUCCGAACUGUGA